GACAUAUCGGCUUGCACAGAGCCUCUCGAGGACCCUGACGACCAGUCCCACCUCUCACACAUAACUCCCGGCCCCCCUCCCCCGCUACUCGCCCUGCGGCCAAGUGUUUCUGACCCUGCCGAGACUGGGGUGUUACUGUUGACGAGCACGGCCAACUUCACCGCUGCCCCAUGGAUAUAUCCCGGCUAGUCCAGCUCCUGACUGCCAUGUGUGAUUUCCGAUAAGCUGCCGUCGUUGGGUCGCUACUCUCUCUCUCUCUCUCCCUUUCACUCUCUCCUCUUCUCUCUCCCUCGCUCAUCGCCUUGUCCCGUCUUCACCUCCCGGGACACCACCUACCACCUACCACCUACCAAGGAUCCAUCAGCCAAGCUGUUUCCUCACCAGAAUCAGCCUACGGCCUCAGGGGCGCCGCAGGACACUUCUCGCUCUCAGGCGAUAAUCACCCCUCUAAUACCCGAGAUGUCGGUACACUCGGCCUCUCCGUCGCCGUUGCAGAUGGCAGCCAACGGCCAACCGGAUGAAACGAAAAUGCCUCAGGGGCACUGCCGGUACAUCUUGCUUCAUCCCGAGGUCAAGGGCCGGAGGUGCGCAUGUGCCAACUUCUCGCUAAACAUGGACAUCCCCGGCGCAACCUGUGAAUGUGGGCAUCUGGCAUGUUUCCACAACAAGGAGCCCGAGCCCUCGACAGACCAGAAGCAGGAGCUCGAGCUUCUGAAACGGCGGCUGCAGCAACUCGAAGAGCAGAUGUCCAAAGGGCAAGACGACGUCUUGGACAGCGUCGUCAGCAGGCUGAACGAAGUGGAGGACCACUUGGAAAAGAGCAGGGAGGAGGUUGGUGAGCAAAUUAAGGGGGCCUACCGAAACGUCAGCAUGACCUGGCGUUCCAUCGAACAGGCCGAACGCAGGACUCAGCAGCACGACGAGCAACUCCGCCAGAUCUACGACAAGCUCCGCGAUCAUGACGAGCAGCUCGACAGGCUGCAUGCGGGGCAGCUGGAGCUCCGAGACGCCGAUCUCAGCCUGGAGGAGCGCAUCGAGAACCUAACCGAGACGUUGGAAGAGGAAGAGGAACUGCGGUUGUCGGCAGCGCUGGCCGUCCGACCACCGCGAAGGAGGUCGACAUCCGACGCGUCUCGCCCAAACGUCCCUUUAGGCCCUUUAGGGGCGGGGGCCGCCCACCUACACCCGUAUCGAUCGCCGACGGGCGGCCCCAUCGCCAGCGCCAACACCAGCCCCUUCCCAGGACACGGCGACGACAUAGGGCGCGGCGGAAGACGCCUGACCCAACAACAACAACACCACUACCACUCACCGCGGCCGAGCCUCUCCCCUUCUGCCCGGCCCACGGGGCCCUGGACGGUGCACGUCUCCCUCCUACCCCAUGCCUAUGUGCCCAUGCCGUUCGAGCGCAACACAACGGCGUACCAGCGGUGCCUGUCGCGGGGCCUCCACCAGAUGAUCGCGGUGCAGGGGCGCGACGCGGCGUCGUUCAAGCAGGCGGUGGAGAAGGCGUUCGGGCAGUUCCUGCGGGGUCGCGAGUGGAUGCCGCUGCAGGCCAAGCUGUGCGACGCAGCAACCCUCCAGGGGCUGCCGAUGCUGCGGCAGCUCGACGACCCGGGCCGCCACCACCUGCUGGUGGGCGGCGCGCCGGGCUGUGACCACGAGUUCCUGCGGCGCCACUGCGCCGUCGUCGACCCCCACGGCGUCAUCGACUCCCUCUACAUCGCCAUGCGCCGCCACACCAUCAGCUGGCACACCCUCCGCCACGCGCCCGUCUUCCUCGACGGCCUCGAGUCCUGCUGGGCCCACGACGCCCUGCUCGACACCGACCCCUUCGACGACGCCGACAUGGCCGUCGACGACGAGGACCGCCCCGCCGCCGGCGACCUCACCACCGCCCUGCCGCCUGUCGCCGCGGCCGCGGCCGCGGGCGUGGUGGCGGGGCUCAAGCGCCCGCUGACGGAGAUGUCGCGGUCCAACAGCUUCAGCUCGGGGACGGCGGCCUCCGCCGCCGCGUCGACCGGCUCCGGGGGAGCAGAGGGAGGAGGAGGAGGUGACGAGGCGAGGGUGAAGAGGGCGUGCCCUGCCUCGUCGGUGGUGUCGGCGGCGGCGACGGGGGGCCAAGCGCCCGGGCCGAUCGUGGAUAUUAGUCGGAGGAGGGAUACCAUCAAGACUGCGUGAGUGGAGUGGUGUUGGGGGGGGGCAAAGUGCUAUUUUGGGGCUGGAUAUAGGUAACCGACCAUGCCCGCUUGGGUCAUGUGGCAUCCGGUGGGUGGCACAGGACGGUACGGGACGGUACAGAACUCGAUCACGUCUGGCCUGACUAGCCCGGCGAGGAAGAGGAUAAAUGGGCGUAAUGUUAUAGACUUGGGGGAUCAAGGGGGUCGCGCG